CCUCGAUCCUCGUCCUUCAACUCCCAGACUUCCCAUUGUGCAGACCAAGCGUCGGAUUCACUUGUCGCCCGCCGCCGCCUCGCGCCCGACCCUUCCUGCGUCCUUUUAAGAGUCCAGCAGCCGUUGCGCCCAGCAUCAGAUAACACGCCCACUGCCCGUCUGUCUCAGAUACCGCCACCACCACCACCACCGCACGUCGCCAUGGCCGCCCAGGUCUCCGAUGCCGCCCAGGCAUCAUCGGCCUCCAGCAACAACAGUGGCGAUUCCAAAUCUAACACGCCCGCCCCUUCCAGUGCCACCUCGAGCACUUCACAGCACGCCGCCUCCCCCGACGACAACUUGACCUGCCGUUGGAACCAGUGCAAUCAAAAGUUCUCGAGCCCGGAGACGCUUUAUGAGCACAUCUGUGAGCGCCAUGUUGGUCGCAAGAGCACCAACAACUUGAACCUCACUUGUCAGUGGAACUCGUGCCGGACCACCACGGUCAAGCGGGACCACAUCACAUCGCACAUCCGCGUACACGUCCCGCUCAAGCCACACAAGUGCGAGUUUUGCGGCAAGUCUUUCAAGCGACCGCAGGACUUGAAGAAGCAUGUCAAGACGCACGCCGACGAUUCUGUACUCUCUCGCCCCGGACAGGACCUGAAUUACAGAACACAGGCCACCAAAGCACCGAGCUACUAUGACCACAAUGGCCAAAUCCGAGGCGGUGUCGGCGCCUUCUCGCACCAGCCCGCCCACGGCAGCUAUUACGCGCCCCAGCCGUCCACCAACUAUGCUCUGUACUUUAACCAGCCGCCUCUGAACACGCCGCGGAGCGAGCACGUGGGCUACAGCACUGCCGCUGCAGGUGGGUACGAUCGCAAGCGAGCUUACGAUCGCACCUACGACGCCAUGGAUGAUUUCUUCGGCCAUGUCAAGCGGCGCCAGAUCGACCCCACGUCAUACGCGCAAAUUGGCCGCUCGCUGCUCCCACUUCACAACUCGCUGUCGAUCCCCAAUGGACCCCUGGGCACCGCGGAGCAGUACAUGCCUCAACAUGCACCCGCCCCGUCAAUGGUUCAUUCCGGCCCGGCGCCGACGACGAACCCCCUGACGCAGCAGUACUACCUCCCUAGCGCCCGUACACAGAAGGACCUGAUGCAGCUUGAUGGUCUCCUCGGCCAGAUGCAAGACACCAUCUACGAGAACGCCAACCACGCCACGGCUGGCGUACACAUUCACAACCAUGGCGACGGCCACCUCGGCGGUUUCAGGCACAGCCCAUCACCCACGGUUCUUCAGCGUUCACCCAGUGGUCUGCCCGUGACCGCAGACACGUACCAGCCCAUAAGCGCGCCUAGCAUGGCCUCUCCGCUUACCAACAUGUCGUCGACGGGGACCCCUGCCGUAACCCCCCCGUCCAGCUCCAUGUCCUACACGUCGGGACACUCGCCUAGCCCGUCCGCGUCGUCCGGUCUGUCUCCGCAAUCGCGCCACAGCUCGACGGCUUCGUCGGUCAUGUACCCGACGCUGCCCACGACGCUGCCCACGGUCACACAGGGAUUCGGACAGUCAACCACGGCAACUCUGGGGCCGAGCUUCGAAAGCAAUGAGCGCCGCCGGUACUCUGGAGGUAUGCUGCAGAGGGCCCGCGGCAUGCCACCCCCUCCCCCGAGGAGUGUUGAGGAAAGCGGGCGAACCACGCCCAAGGCUGGUGAUUCGGCUCUUUCCGUGGGAUCCCCGUCGUCCGAGUCUGACAGCGACUCUACCAAGGAGCGUGAGGAGCAGUACGACCGCUGGCUUGAGAACAUGCGAGUGAUCGAGUCGUUGCGCGAGUAUGUGCGACGCCGCCUUGAGCGCAGGGACUACGUGGACGAGGACGGGGAGACGCGUGAGGGCAGAACGAAUUGCGAUGCCAUGGACGUGGAUAUCAAGAGCCCCCGCAGCGUGUCGCAGCAACCCAAUGGUCCUCGCGAAGGUGGCUCGUCUCUCUACCCAAGGCUGCCGGUGCCGGGGUCUUGAGCCUCUCACGAGCGCCAGAUUGGUCGUGUGUUGAGUUGGCUAUUCGCCGUUGAUCAUGUUUGCGAUCAGAAGUGAAGUGUGUUGCCAUAUAUGCGAGUAUCUGUAUGCCUUUGACUAGUCUGUUUUGUUGAUUGGAAGGAUGGGCGUCAAGGGCGCUCCGGGCAAAAUGGCUCGAAGACGCGGUUACGGACCGCCUCGCGCAUGUAUCUUAACUAUCAUUCAGCCGCCGCAGUUAACUUGCAGAGCGGAAUUGAUGUAUUGCUCUCCUCGCAAUUACUUUAACUUUCUUGACA